CGCUGAGGCUGAGGAACUGCAUAAGGAAACAAAAAAAAAGAACAAAGCUCGUCCAGGACUCAGUUGUUUUCCCAUGACUAGUAACUACAUUGCUGGACAAAAAGGAGUAAACUGAGCCAACGCUGAACCAAACCAAGGCAGAGGAAAACACUGAUUUGAGAGACUACCGGACAAUGUCAGUGCCUCCCAGAAUUGUCCACAAGAGGAGGGAGACUAUCACAGCUCUGCCUCUCUACUACUCCGGACACCUGCUGAAGAAAGACAGCAAAGACAAGGAUUUCAAGAAUUACUAUGGAGAACUCCGUGGAGCUUCGUUGUUUCUGUACAAAGAUGACACACAGGAUACAUACAUAGAGAAACUGGACCUGGAACAGCUAAAGUCCAUGGAGUUGGACUUUCCAUAUCAAAAGAGAACACCUACCAUCUUCACUCUCAGCCUCAACACAGAGAAAAUGCAGCUUAAGAUGGAUAGUGCGGACACAGGAGAGUUGUGGAGGGGUUUCAUCCUGACUGUGGUCAAAAAGGAGAUUCCCAGUAAGCUGCAGCUGAUGCCUGGCCAGCUGUUGCAGCUGGAGGAAGUUCUCGCUCAGGAGAUAAGAAGAAAAGUCCCAUCGUCGUGUCCACCCCUCCCACCCCGACCAGGCUUCCUGACAGGCCCAGAUGUUGGUGCAUCUUCAUCACCCAAAGACAAGCCGGUGUCAGGGAUUCUUGACUGUUUCUUUGAUGUGACUCGAAAGGAGGCUGAGACGAUGCUUGAGGAAAACCCAGAGUAUGGAAGCAUCAUCCUCCGCCCGUCUGCCAUGGCCAACAACUACGCUGUGACCCUGAGACAAGUGACAGCCAGUGGGCCUGCGAUGAAGAAUUACAGAGUGACCCAGACAAACACAGGGUUUGUUAUUGAACUGGACACACCAGUGACGGUCCCCUCCCUAAAGGGCGUGCUUACAUAUUUCAUUGAAAAGACAGAGUACCGUCUUCAUCCCUACAUUCCAUCUCAACCCUACAACACUCGGAUUGAGGCGUCACCAGUUCCCAAGUGCCUCAACAUCACCUCAUCUGCACCUAAAACAAUACCAAAGGCGCAGGUGUCACCUAUGCUGCGAUCACAGACCAAAGAAGAGAUUCUGCCACCUCCAAGCAAGCCUGAUGAGGGAGAAUAUGUAGUUCCUGAUGAUCACAAUCCAAAUCACGCUCACUUUGAUGAUGAGCUCAGGAAAGUCUUAAAAAAACGGAGAGAAAACGUCUACGUUAUGACUGAUGAGAAGGAAGUCACCCCUUAUGACAAAGAACUACACUAACACAGUACAGUGGACACCUAG